AUGACUUCCAGUGGCUUGAAGUCAGCAUCGCCAGAGCUCCCUCUCGCGAGCGCGGCAAUCGACUUCUCUGCCGCGCCCGUCAUUGUGAACGUCGGCUCGGACGAAUCUCAGCGAUUCUACGUCAACGAAACAGUACUUCGGAGAUCCUCGAAGUUCUUCAACGCUGCACUGGGCAAGGAAUGGAAGGAACGCCAGGAGCGCACCAUCAAUCUACCUGAAGGCUCGCCAGCAGCCUUCAACACCUAUCUGAAUUGGCUCACUUCCGGCAAGCUGUACGUGAGCAACCAGCCUGAGACCGAACGCAGGCAGUGGAGCUGCGACACGAGACUGCUUGAAGCAUACCUGCUUGGCGACAAGUUAUCAGACGUCGACUACAAAGAUGCUGCAGCCGACGCUUUGGCCAACGAAUUCCAUACGCUUCGCGGCGGAUGGUAUUGGAGCUUCUGCAAGAACGAUCGCACGAAUCUCUACGAGAACACUGUCGCUGGUGCAUCGCUUAGGCUUUUGUUCGUCCAGUCGAUGUUGACGCACUGUGGGGUCCAAAUGUUGGAGACCGAAGGUGAACCCAACGCUUUGCUGCAUGAGAUGGUGAUGGCAAUGCAUACGCGUGGACGUCCAUCGAAGAGACAGUUCGAAGAAGACGUCAAGGCUUGCGAGUUCCACGAGCACGAACCUGGAGCAGAGAACUGCUACAAGAACAAGCGAUCUCGGGAAUCGUGA